CUCACGGACGAGCUCGGCACUGCUAGUAAGAAGGGCGUUGCUGACGACUGGAAGGUCAUUCAAAAGUGGCUGGGGACGUUCAUCAUGAGUCCGGCCUUCGGUAAUAACCUUCAUUUAUGUUUGCCCUUUGGUAUUAUUCCGGUUGUGGUUGACGAAUCAGAAGUUAGUUCGAUAAUCGCCUUUUCAUUGGCGUCGCGUGAAUACGCGAACUGUUUAUCGAACUUUGCGAGCGACGUCACCUGCGCCGAACAGUCUAUCAAUAUCUUGAGAGAUCUUAACGAUCUGGGCAUUCCAGAGUCUUCCGACUACGCACAGUUUCACAUCGACCUGCAGUUCUGCGACAGUGUCGCAAACUUUUACUGUAAAGUUUACUGUGCGAAAUACUUUACACUACUGAGAGAGUGCAUUUUCGCCGCCAGUGAAGAGCAAUUUAUCCGUUCGCUGUCUAGGUGCGAGGCGUGGCAGCCGACCGGCGGAAAAUCGGGCGCAACUUUCUUUCGCACGUUGGACGGCAGGUUCAUUUUGAAACAGAUGUCACGGUAUGAGGUACAGUCUUUCAUCAAGUUUGCGCCUGCCUACUUUAAACACGUAGCGUCGGUGUGUCUCGGGAAGAAAGCGACGUCGCUGGUGAAGAUCUUCGGCGUUUACCGUGUCGGCUUCAAGAACACACAGAAUGGCACUGCCUACAAAAUGGACCUGGCUGUCAUGGAGUACCUGUUCUACGACCGCAACAUCAGCGAGAUUUACGAUUUGAAAGGUUCGUUGCGUAAUCGAUGGGCAUCCGAGAAGCAGCACCAGACGGACAUUGUGCUACUGGACGAAAACUUGCUUGAAAAGGUGUGCACCGAUUCAUUCUAUCUACAUCCUUUUUCCAAACUUACUCUGAACGCAACUAUCAACGGCGAUACGAAACUGCUCAGCGAAAAUCACGUGAUGGACUAUUCGCUUCUGGUCGGCAUCGAUGAGGAAAAGUCCGAGUUAGUUUUGGGCAUCAUUGAUUAUCUGAGGACUUACACGUGGGACAAGAAAAUCGAAAGCUGGGUGAAAAGUGUUUCUGUUUCUGGCCAACCGCCUACCGUCAUUUCUCCUGAAUUGUACCGGCAACGGUUCGUUGAAUCAAUGGACGUAUACUUUCCCGUUUCGCCGGAUCAGUGGUCCGUUACUUUCCCCAUUGAACUGUGA